AUGUCUCCAAGAAAGUAUCCUUCUGGAUAUGAUAAACGUAAGAAAAAAAGAAAAUUUGAACAAUUUGUCCAAACUCAAAGUGGAGCGCUUGAUAAAUUCAUUGUUAAAGAAACACAAGAUUUAGUUGAAAAUUCAAUUGAAAAUGAUAACAUUAAUGAUUUGGGCUUGAAUGAAUAUGAUAAUGAAAAUGAAAAUGAAAAUGAAAAUGAAAAUGAAAGUAAAAAUGAGAAUCAGAAUCAGAAUGAAAAUGAUAUUAACAAUGAAAAUGAGAAUGAAAAUAUUUUAGGCAAUGAACAACCUAAUCAGUCCAUGCUUAUGAAUUUGAAUAUUUAUGAUCCAAGAACUUGGGAUAAUUUGGAUACAAAAUCUAGAGAUAUAUUACUGGAAAAUGGGCCUAUAAGAGAUCUAUUAGUCGAAAAGGAUCCUAAAGAUAAAUUAGGAAGAUGUUUUUCUUCGGCAUUUUACACUAGACAUUUAUCAAAUAGAGAGAAAUGUGAUAGGGAGUGGUUAGUUUAUUCAAAGGAUAUCGAUAAAAGAUGGGCAAUAGCACUUGAAAAGUAUGUUAAAGACUAUCCAGAUGUAAAAAAAACCAGGGCCCCUAAAAUCUCAGAACCGGCCCUGCAAGAAGCAAUUCGAUAUAUCAAGAGAGAGCACAAAACGAUUUCACAGCCAAACUCACAACAAGAUGAAGAAAAGGGUGUCCGUCGAAAAAUGUUGCAUAUGUCUUGA